CCUCCCGCCGACACGGAAGACGAGACGAACGGCGAGCGGCGACAACGGGAAUGCGGCGCUCGGGCGGGGCCUCUCGCGGCGGCGACUGUCGAUCCAGUGAGCGGAAAGCCCGGCGGAGGAGGGAACCCGGCCAUCCAGUCGCGCUGCCUUGGCGUGCAGCGGCGGCGGCGGCGGCUUCGUUUGUUUCGGGGAGCCGCGCGAGUCACGCGAUACGGAGUGACGCGGCGGCAUCGAGCGGCUCGAUCCGGAGUGGACGGGAGCCCCCGCCCCUCGUGCGCCUGGGCUUGCCGCCUCUCAGCGGGGAGGCUCCAUUUUAGGUAAUUAAAUCUUUCUGCUGUGGGCGAGCCAAGAUUACCAAAUCAUCCGUCGAGAUUUCUACCAAUGUAUUCACAUUUUCAACAUGCGCAUUCGUCUUCGAUCAACGGAUACUAGUCUGCGAUGUUCCAGCUGUUUCAGCAGGAUUUCAGAUCUUGUUUUCCGGAAACGCAUGGCCAACCAACCACCUCACGAAAAUCCACACCAGCUGUGGGCGAGCUAGAGAGUAUGAGGGGAGAAUCAUUGAGCUGUAAUCGGGUAAAAUUGUUGCCAGCUAGAAAUGUGGGUGUGAAUAUUACCAACAGCUUAGGCUGUUGCUGGUGCUUGCGCAUAGUAUUAUGGUAUGGAGUUAUGAACAACAAGCAAACGGCCAUAUAUGACGCCAGCUCGUUGUCCACACGUAAUGACAGAGGUAUGACAUGUAAAAGACAGGUAAGCUUGAUACUUAUCCUCUGAAUGACUCAUGGGUCAUGGCUGAAUACGGUGGGUGAGGUUUAGAUUGUGGUGCACCCUUUUGCGAGAUUUUGGGGUUUUGUUUUUUUACAGCUAAUACAAUGUGUGUACAACUCAUAAAAGUGGAAGUCGACUGAGAUAAAAGCACUGAGAGUUGGUAGUGUCCAUAGGCCGUUUUGGAUUCCAUUGAAAAAACACGUGAAGUUCUCUGGUGCUUAUUUCGUGCACGGCAUCUAUUGCCACAGCUGUAUAAAACCAAUCACCCAUUGAUGCUGCAUUUCAUAAUUGUAGAAGAAAUGUAGGAUUGUUUAAUAUGUUUUCUCACUUGAAAAUGUCAACAGCCGAGGUUCCUAAUUCCAAAGACCCGGAAAUUGUUGAUUCUCUUCUCCUUGAUCUGUUAGAUCCAGAAAAUAAAGCGUAUGCCCUUUCCAUGUUACCUAAGAAAAGGGAGACACUUAAUAAUUUGGCUCCACUGCUGUGGUACUCUUUUGGCACAAUAGCUGCACUGCUCCAGGAAAUUGUGUCAGUCUACCCUGCACUUUCACCCCCAACAUUAUCGGCAAGUGCAGGGAACCGAGCCUGCAAUGCACUUGCACUUCUUCAGACUGUUGCAGCACACCCUGAGACCAGGACUCCUUUUUUAAAAGCUGAAAUUCCCUUGUACUUGUUCCCAAUCUUGAACACUACCAGCGAGGCCAAGUCUUUCGAGUACCUGCGUGUUACUGGCCUUGGUAUUCUCGGUGCUCUUGCUAAGUGUUGGUGUAUAUGUGAGCCCAUGAAUAGAGGCUCAUGUAUAGGAUCUAUAUAUCCCAUCCUUCUAGGGUUUGGAGGAAUACAUCUCAUUGUUUUCUCCUACAUGGUAUCAGAGCCUAGCUCUCUCUCUCCAGCCGCCGGGUCACUGUGCGCCGCCGCCGCCGCCACCAUGGCUGGCUGGCCGCCGCCACCGCCGGCGUUCUCCUCUUUCCCUCCUCUCCCUGCUUCCGGAUCUGACGCCGUGGCCGGCUUCUCUUCCUUUCCCGGCGGCCGCUCCCCUGUUCCUGCGUGGAUCCAGGGCGUCGCCACCUCCUCUGCUUUGGGCGCCGCCGACUCGUCUGCUCGGCCUCCCGCCGCUGGCGCCACCGCCGCCGCCGCCCACACCGCGGGCGCGGCUGGCACGGCCACGGCCGCCGCCCCCGCGGCCCCUGCUGGCGUGCGCGUGGCGGGCGCGGGCACGGCCGUCCGCGCGGCGGGAUUCGGCCUCCCGACGUCCGCUAUUCCGGUGUGA